AUGAGUGGUCAGCUGAGAACGUUCACGUGAUUGUUUGGAUCCGCCAAGCAGGAGCAGUUUAAUGUCAGUGUGAUUCAUUCUCGUCACGAGUGCAGGUGAAGUUUUUUUUUUUGGAGAGAUCGUCAAUCCAGCGUUUAGAAAAAGCAAAGGUCUGUAGGUCAUUUAUAAAGAUCCAUCAUGUCGCUGUACCCUUCAUUAGAAGACAUGAAAGUUCACCAGAUGGUUCGGGCCCAGAGCCAGGCAAUGCAUCAGCACAUCGCGGGGAGCGCCCAGCCGGCUGCUGCAGCCCUGCCCUACCCCAUCGCGCCGUCUGCACCCGGCAUGGCCCCCGACUUGCUGGCGCUCUACCCCUCUCUCGGCGACUACAUGGGGCUCGAGCUGUCCCAGGAAGCCAUCAAGCAGAAUCUGCCCGAGUAUGCUGUGGCCGUGCCCCCUCCUCAUGACGUGGCAGUUCCAGCUUCCACAGUUGGUCCCCUGGCCGGGAUGAUAGCUCCACUGUCCGGCCAGUCCCUCGGGUUGCAGCGGGCUCAGGUGUCUCACGGCAUCAGGGAGAUGACACUCUGCAAGGAUGCUGCCGGCAAAGUUGGCUUGAGAGUGCAGUCAAUCAGCAACGGAGUGUUCGUGAACCUGGUGAUGAAGGGCUCGCCGGCUGCGCUUGCCGGCCUCAGGUUCGGGGACCAGAUCCUUCAGAUAAACGGUGUCACUGUGGCCGGCUUCUCCAUGGACAAGGUCCACAAGAUGUUCCGCGAGAGUCCCGUCAAUGGCAUCUCCGUGGUCGUCCGGGACAGACCGUUUGAGAGGACACUCACCAUGCACAAGAGCAGCACUGGCCACAUUGGUUUCCACUUCAAGAACGGGAAGGUGGUCGGCCUGGUGAAGGACUCCUCGGCCGCUCGCAACGGUCUGCUGACGGACCACCAACUGCUGGAAGUGAACGGGCAGAACGUGGUGGGGCUCAAAGACAAGGAGAUAACGGCGUUGAUCGAGGAGGGUGGCCCCAUCAUCACGGUCACCGUCAUACCGUCAUUCGUGUACGACCAUAUGGUGAAGAAGAUGGCCACCAGCUUGCUGAAGGGAUCCAUGGAUCACUCCAUCCCGGAGGUGUGAGGCAGUGGCGCUCACAGCAUUCUGUGAAGUUUACCAUUCAUUCACUUUGUUCUCUUCUACACCAAAACUGUACUGCUAAGUCUGUUGAAUCAAGAUUGUUUAUUAUAUUGUUCAUGGUUUGUAUGCCUAUGUCCUUUAUGUUACAUAACAGGGUUAUCAAGA